CCCAGAUAGCUUUACUCUUUCAUUCUCUACCUGGUUCAUCUUCUUCAUAAUUCAUAACCUUGUAUGCAUGUUAUCGUGCAGGUGAUCGAAAGCAGUACGGUAAUGGCACAUCAGACCAUUCCAUGCCUCUUAUUAACUCAUAUUGCCUUGCUGCUGCUUCUCGCUCACCAAACCACCGCCAGAGUUCCUGCCGUUAUCGUCUUUGGUGACUCCUCAGUCGACUCGGGGAACAACAACCAGAUCCCAACCAUACUCAAGAGCAACUUCAGGCCCUACGGUCGUGAUUUUGAGGGAGGAAGACCCACAGGACGGUUUUCCAACGGCAGAAUCCCAUCCGACUUCAUCUCUGAGGCUCUUGGAGCCAAGCCGACUGUCCCUGCCUACUUGGAUCCAAUGUAUAACAUUACAGACUUCGCGACCGGAGUUUGUUUUGCCUCUGCCGGCACCGGCUACGACAAUGCCACCUCUGCCGUAUUAUCUGUAAUACCUCUGUGGAAGGAAUUGGAAUACUACAAGGUCUACCAAAGAAGACUGAGGAACUAUCUUGGGGAGCAGAAGGCGAAUGAGGUAUUGAGCGAAGCCUUGUAUCUGAUGAGUCUGGGGACCAACGACUUCCUGGAGAAUUACUACAUGUUGAUAGGCCGAUCGUCCCAGUUCACGGUGGAAGAGUACGAGAACUUCCUCUGCGAGAUUGCUGAAAAUUUCAUUAAAGAGCUCUACGGUCUGGGAGCGCGGAAGAUAUCUUUAGGUGGACUUCCUCCAAUGGGAUGCUUGCCGCUGGAGAGAACCCUCAACUACAUGUUCGGGAGUGGUUGUAUCGAGGAUUACAACAGGGUGGCCGGCGAUUUCAAUAUGAAGUUACAGAGUCUGGUAGCGAAGCUAAACCAGGAGCUUCCUGGGAUCAAACUGGUCUUCUCAAACCCAUACGAUAUCCUCAUGGAAAUCAUUCAGAAUCCAUCUUCAUUUGGAUUCGAGAGUGUUGCAGUGGCAUGUUGCGCAACAGGAACAUUUGAGAUGAGUUACCUCUGUGGUCGAUUUAAUCCAUUUGCAUGCACCGAUGCGAACAAAUAUGUAUUUUGGGAUUCCUUCCAUCCCACAGAAAAAACAAAUCGUAUCAUCUCUGAUCACCUUUUGAAUACCGCUCUUUCUGUGUUUUUCUGA